UCAAUUAGAUUUUUAAUAAUUUUCUCGAUAGAUUGAGUGGAUAUAUUUGAACCUAUUCAACUUCUUGUACUACUCGAUUGAAUAAAGAGGGAUAAAAGGAGGAUAAAGAAAAGGACGAAUAACAAAAAGUUGAGAAUUUAUAAAGUAACCAACAAAUAGAAGAUCAAUUUAAUAAUGCCACCCAAAGCCGACUGGGAUAAGUAUAUAGCUCCUAAUGAGGAUGACGAAGCUUCUAACGACAAGAUCGUCCCAUUGAGUGAGGGAGAUAUCCAGGUGUUGAAGACUUAUGGGGCUGCCCCAUACGCCACUCCACUUAAGGCAAUCGAAAAGGAUUUGAAGAAAAUUGAAGAUAGAAUAAAGGAAAGCAUUGGAAUCAAGGAAUCUGACACUGGGUUGGCAGCUCCACACUUGUGGGAUGUCAUGGGUGACAAGCAAAGAAUGUCUGAAGAACAACCUUUGCAAGUUGCCAGAUGUACCAAAAUCAUUGAAGCCACCAAUCCAUCCACACAGCCAAGCUUGAUGCAAAAUGCUGAUAAUAAAUCCAAAUAUGUGAUCAAUAUCAAGCAAAUUGCCAAGUUUGUGGUGGGGUUAGGUGAAAGAGUCUCCCCAACUGAUAUAGAAGAAGGUAUGAGAGUAGGGGUUGAUAGACAAAAGUAUGAAAUUCAAUUGCCACUCCCACCUCGGAUAGACCCUUCUGUCACCAUGAUGACAGUUGAAGAAAAGCCCGAUGUCACCUAUAGUGAUGUUGGUGGAUGUAAGGAACAAAUUGAAAAAUUGAGAGAAGUUGUUGAAUUGCCACUUUUAUCCCCUGAACGGUUCGUAAAGUUGGGGAUUGAUCCUCCAAAGGGUAUUCUUUUGUAUGGUCCUCCAGGUACUGGUAAGACAUUAUGUGCCAGAGCUGUUGCCAACCGUACUGAUGCCACGUUUAUCCGUGUGAUUGGAUCGGAAUUGGUUCAAAAAUACGUUGGUGAAGGUGCUCGUAUGGUUAGAGAACUUUUCGAAAUGGCCAGAACUAAAAAGGCAUGUAUUAUAUUUUUCGAUGAAGUAGAUGCUAUUGGAGGUGCUCGUUUUGAUGAUGGUGCUGGUGGGGAUAAUGAAGUGCAAAGAACCAUGCUUGAAUUGAUCACACAGCUUGAUGGGUUUGAUCCAAGAGGUAACAUCAAGGUGAUGUUCGCCACCAAUAGACCAAACACCUUGGACCCUGCCUUGUUGAGACCCGGUAGAAUUGAUAGAAAGGUUGAGUUUUCAUUGCCGGACUUGGAAGGUAGAGCCAACAUUUUCCGGAUUCAUUCCAAAACCAUGAGUUGUGAAAAGGGAAUUAGAUGGGAACUUAUUUCACGUUUAUGUCCAAAUGCUACUGGUGCUGAAUUGCGCAGUGUUUGUACGGAAGCUGGUAUGUUUGCCAUUAGAGCCAGAAGAAAGGUUGCCAGUGAAAAGGACUUUUUGAAGGCUGUCGAGAAGGUUAUCAAGGGUAACAUGAAGUUCAGUUCUACCAGUCAAUACAUGCAAUACAACUAGAUAGAAGGAUUAGAUGAAGAG